UCUCCUGGGCUUCUUCAGGCACUGAGCAAAAUGCUGAUGGACAUUCUUGUACCUUCUCUCGACAACCUAUAAGAUAUGCAUUAUUAUCCCCUGAGAAACCGAGGCUCCAGAGGUCCAGGUGACACCCAGAUUCCAAGCAAUGUUUUCAGCCUGAUUCCCGGAUGGGGGCAGAGAAGAGAGUCUCAAAGCCAGGAUGACCGCUGCGUGGUCCCACAGCAGAUGCUUGAGACAAAGCAGUUCAGUGGAAGCAACUGCCACCUGGGCACCUGCAGAGUACCUGAGGUACCCAGGAUGGUUUACGCCAAGGCCCAGGUCCUCAAGCCCACGAGGGCUGACGUGCUGGUCAUGACCCCCUGGUUUGCUCCCAUCAUCUGGGACGGAGUCUUUGACUCUACCAUUCUGGACGCGCAAUUCCAAAAUGCCACCAUCGGGCUGACCGUGUUUGCCAUCAAAAAAUACGUGGUCUUCCUGGAGCUGUUCCUGCAGACGGCAGAGAAGCACUUCAUGGUGGGACACAGGGUCACCUACUAUGUCUUCACCGACCGGCCCACCGAUGUGCCCAGGGUGCCCCUCGCAGAAGGGAGACAGCUGGUGGUCCUGGAGGUCCGAAACUAUUCGCGCUGGCAGGAUGUGUCCAUGCACCGCAUGGAGAUGAUUAGCAACUUCUCGCAGCAGCGCUUCCUCCUCGAGGUGGACUACCUGGUGUGUAUGGACGUGGACAUGAAGUUCAGCGACCACGUGGGUGUGGAGAUCCUGUCCCCCCUCUUCGGCACCCUGCACCCCGGUUUCUACAGGGCGGCCCGCGAGGCCUUCACCUACGAGCGCCGUCCACAGUCCCAGGCCUACAUUCCGAGAGACGAGGGUGACUUUUAUUAUGCAGGAGGCUUUUUUGGGGGUUCGGUGGUCGAGGUUCUCCAGCUGACCACGGCCUGUCACCAGGCGAUGGUGGUCGACCGGGCCAACGGGAUCGAGGCUGUGUGGCACGACGAGAGCCACCUGAACAAGUACCUUCUCUACCACAAGCCCACCAAGGUGCUGUCCCCAGAGUACCUGUGGGAUGAACAGAUGCUGCAGAGGCCUCCUUUCCUCAGGAAACUGCGCUACGUGGCGGUGCCCAAGAAUCAUGCGGAAAUCCGGAACUGAAGAGCCCGGGGCCCAGGAGAUCUCCAUCCAAGGCUGCAGCUUUAGCAGGUCUUCCCCUGGGCAAGGGAUCAACCAAAGAUCUGAUGCUAUGGAUGAGUCCCUGGGCCUCGGUUUCCUCUUCUGGAGAGGCUCCCACCACUCUUCCUUGUAUUGAACCUGGGCUCAUCCUUCAUGGUGCCCACAAGUUCACCUUCCCCUGGAAGGUUUCUUUGAUUGUGUCUUCCUCCUCCUAUUGAAAUGCACUGCUCUUCGCUCUGCAUCCCUAUAAAGCACUUAGUGUAUUCCUUUGGCCAGAUCUGCUGCCAUUCUGCUCACAUUGCCCAUUGGUCUUGCUCAUUACAAUGUGAGCUCCUGAGGGCAGAAGCUAAGAUUUCUUCUUCUUAUAGGUCAGUACCUACCACAGUGCCUUAUGCCCAGAGACUCUCAAAACAUGACCCCUAAAUACCUGGUGUACUCUGUACCCAGACAAUGGGAGAGGCCCAGCCUGAAAGCACUUUUCUGGGUUUGGUUUGGGUGUAUGAUAGCUUGUUGCUCUGGGUUGUUUGUCUUUUUCUUAUGGGUUUUGGGGAGUUUGUUUUGUGUUUUGGGUGUUAGUACUUUUUUCAGACACAUGCUAAAAAUCUCUUCUUCUAGUUUGUAUGUUGCUACUUCAACUCUUUUAACAUAGGUAAAUUUAAGAACUCAUCUCCUGCUUUGAAAUCAUGAAGAUAGUGUCUUAUGUUAGAAGAUAGUGUCCAAAGCUUUAUGUUUUUGCCUCACACUUAGGUCUUUAAUCUACUGAUAAUGACUUGUGUGUGCUUUUAAUGUAAGGAUUUGAUUUAAUUUUCCUUUCUCUGGAUAAUGAUUAUCUGAGCACCACUUAUUGAAAACAUGUUUGAAAACUUCCGGGAAAGUUCUUUUCCCUGACUUGCACAAUCUUCAGCCUCCUACUGUCAACUGUCCCCAGGUGCCUGGGUUUGUCUAUUGGUCUGUCCUUGUGGUGAUAACACACCAUCUUCGUUACUCUAGGCCCAUAAUCAAAUCUUGCUAUCUGGUCCGGCAAGUCCUCCCACCUGAUUCUUUAAGAGUAUUUUGAUUGCUCUUGGCCUGUUGCAUUUCCAUCUCACUUUUAAAUCUUCUGUCAAAUUACAGAAAGGAGCCAGCUGGAGUUUUAAUAUAAUUUCAUUUAUUUAUUUAUGUUUUUGAGAGAGAGAGAGAGAGAGCACGCAGGCGAGAGUUGGGGGUAGGACAGAUGGAGAGAAUCUUAAGCAGGCUCCAUGCCCACUGUGGAGACUGACUGGGGGCUCGAUCUCAUGACCCCGAGAUCAUGACCUGAGCCGAAAUCAAGAGUCAGACACUUAACUGACUGAGCCAGCCAGGUACCCCUGGUUGGAGUUUUCAUCAGAAUUGUGCUGAGCUGAGCAGUGGUGCCCAGAGCGCCCCUCCCGUCCACCCGCAGGCUCACAAGGCAGGGCUGGUUCUUCUGAGGCUGGGAUGGAGACUGCCGCUUACUCUCCCCCAGCACCUGGGGUUUUGCUUGCGGCCAUGGGUGCUCCUCGAGGGCUGGUGCGUGCCCCCAAAACUGCCCCCAUCUCUGCAGGCCAUCCUCCCUGUGUGCCCGUCUGGCCCUUCCCGAGCAGGUGAGAGCUCACAGAACACAACACACAAGAUCCUUCUGUUGCAGGAAUUCUCUGCCUUUAGUGCCCGCAGUUCUUGGUCUUGCCGCUUCGAAGAAUGAAGAGGUAGACCAGAUGAAGAGUGGUGGGCAGCAAAGCAAAGUUUAUUGAGCAAGAGUGUAAAGCUCCCAGAGAGGGAGGGGGGCCCAAAUGGGAGGGGGGCCUGAGAGGGUUUCCCUGGAGUUUCUACGUUUAGGGGUUUUUAUGAGCUCUUUUGCAAAACUAUCUUAAGCAACCAGGGCAUGCUGAGUCCUGCAAAUCAGGGCUUUGAUCCUGUAUCUGUCUACCUAUUAGGUUAAUAUCAAUGUGUUGAUGAUCUUUUUUUGCUGACAUCUGAGGGCUUAUGUCUUCACUGCCCCUUACCCAUGAUAGGGACAAAUGCCUUGUGGUUAAUUGCCUUAUUUUAGGACGUUUUGCAGAAGUCAUUUCUGCAAAGGCUGCAAAGCAGAAUGUUAGUGUGGUCCUAUCUGAGCUGCAAAACAGGAUGUUAGUGCUGUUUUAUCUUAGCUGUCCCAACUCCGUAUUUUCAUGUUGGGGACCCUGGGCCUGACUACCUAACUGUCCAACUAACUCUUAACACUUCCUUCAAAAAUUGCUUGUUGAAGAAACUGGCUCUUGAGAUUGAAAACAAACAAUCGGAGUUUCCCCAUUUCUUUCACUUUCGGCUCAUUUUCUCUCUCCCUGUUCUUGUCUGUUGUUCUCAUGCCUUGGAACACGUUGCCUUGAGCAUCCCCCCCCUCUGGUGCAGACAGUUUACACUCCCUUGGUCUUAAAUGAAAUAACAAUUCAAGACUAGCUCCCCAGACCGUGUCCAGCCAGAGUCACCCACAGUCAGUGCCCCGCGGAGUCUCCAUUGCUGGCCCGGGCUGGCCCUGCUGUCUUUCUUACUUGAAGUGGAAUGUCGCUGGAGAUUCAGCGCAGGAGACUGUUCCUGUAGUUGUUGCCCAGUACCCUCUCUUGGUACGUUGAGACUGUUUCCCUCUGGUCUUGCUAAAUGAGAACUGUAGUUUUUUCCCUUAAAUCAGGAGUGGAUUUUGAGUUGGGUCAAGUCUUUUUGUAGUCUACUGUGAGAAUCAUCUAACCUUUCUCUUACUGCUAAUGUAAGUGACUUAUAAAUGCAAAGUCCUUAUUUCUGGACUUUGUUACUCUCACAGAUCUGGGAUUGACCCUGCUUGGUCAUGCUGCAUUACUCCACCAUCUUGGUUUCUUCUUUCUUCUGUCUGUAGUCACCAGGAUGACCCAUCUAUGGCAGUCGUUUGGGAUCUCAUCGGGAGACUUUGCCAUCGUGGUCCAGAGAGUCUGGGAGAUUGGAUACAGAACCUUAUUUUCUAUGCUCUGGGAUAUUUGAAUCAUCUCGAGGUUUUUGUUCUUGCUCAAAAAGCCUGUGGAACCUACUGUCAUCUAUGGCGGUAAUACCUGGUGGGUUCUUCUCAUUCUUUCUCUGGUACAUGCAGUUCCUUCAAGAGUCAUGUUCAAGUUUCUACUUCUUGAGUCAAGUUUGAUCAUUUACUUUCUCUUGGAAAGUUGUCCACUUCACGUUGACUUUCAAAUUUGUUGGCAAAAAGAAGAGGAUUUUCGCUUUACAGUAACUUUCAAUCUACAUAAUCUAAAAUCAGACCGUCUUAUCUCUAAUGCUGUUUAUUUGUGCUAUCUCCUUCAUUCUGAUCUUUUUGCAUGAGUAUCAAAGAUUAUCUGUUAACAGAGUCGUUUGUUGGGAAUGCUUCUUGUUUCUCAGAAAAGCAUGUGGUUUUGACUUUCCCUCUGAGUACAGCGCAAGUAAGUUGUGGUCCUGGGUGUUUCUAGCCAAUGUCCACAUUGUCACUCCUUUCUAAAUACUCUGCUUUUAUUUCCUCUUUAACUCAAAAGAAAUCUGAAAACUUGCAAUAGUUGGUUGUGAUUCCUGUUGCUAUCCUUUAGUUGUGUGUUUGUGGAUGUAUAGUUUCGUAGCAAGAAUCAAGCGAGUGCACAGUUUCAGCUCUAGGGAGUUGUUGAACUUCUUUUAUGGCUUCCUGAUGGAUCAUUCAAAACAUUAUUAUGGGCAGUUGCAAAGAAUGUAUGCAAAAUGGUACAAAGUUUGGAGAAUGUUUGGCAAUUUCUUAGAAAGUUAAUAUACACCUACCCUGUAAACCCUCAGUUUCACUCUCAGGUAUUUGCCCAAGAGAACUGAAAACACAUGUCCACAAAAAGACUUGUACAGGAACAUUUCUAUCAGCAUUGUUGAUAAAGCCCCAAACUGGAAACAAUUCAGAUGUCUACCAAGAGAAGAGCAGACAAGCAAAGCAGAGCAUUCACACAGUGGAAAACUCCUCAGCACAGAGAAGAAAUGGACUGUAGAUGCAUGAGGAACUUGGAUGAGUCUCCAAAACAUCAUGCUGAGCCGGAGACCAGACCCAAGAGCACACAGGCUGUCGGAUUCCGGGUGUCCUAUCCAAGCAGGGGCAAUACCCCUCUAUAGUUACUGAUCCUAGACAGUGGCUGCCACGGAGGAAGGUGGCAGUAGUUGUCUGGACAAGGGGCAGGAGGGGACUUUUUGGAGGUGAUGGACAUAGUUUUCAUCCAGCUAUAGGUGAUUAAGUGUGUAUUGCGAUGGCCGAACAUAUUCGGUGUGUUUAUUGGAUGUAGAUGAGAUACCAAUUAAGAGGACCAAGUCUCUCCCUGUGUGUCAGUAACAGCACACUAAAUAUUGGGAUUGGAUUCGUGUCUGAUGACCAUUAUAACCAAGUACCAGAAGGCGAGUGGCUGAAAACAAUGGAAAUUUGUUUUCUCCCAGUCCUGGAGGCUGGAAGUCAGAGAUGCAGGUGUUGGCAGGGCCGCGCUCCUUCUGAGAUUCUACAAGAACCCUCCCUGUGUCUUCCAGCAUCCAGUGGUGGCCACCCACAUUUAGCCUUCCUUGGCUCGCAGCUUCCCCACUCCGUCUCUCUGCGGCUGCAGUCCUCUGUGCCUCUCCCCUCUGCUUGUGAGCCCAUCAGUCAUACUGGGUUAACAGCUCACUCUCCUCCGGUCUGACCUCACUUUAAUUUGUGUCUUGAUUGCCCCUACAAAGACCCUAUUCCACACCAAGUCGUGUUCACUGGUGCCAGGGGUUAGGACAUGAACCUCUAUUUUGUGGGGGACAUUAUUCUACUGUAGCAUGGAUUAAACCAGCCUUUCUGUUCAAAUGCUCCAUGUCUACUGCCUUUUUUGUUUUCAUAGGUUUUAUUUUUUCAGAGCAGUCUGAGGCACACAGAAAAACUGAGCAGAGUCCCUGCUGAGUGUGGAGAUCCUCUCAGGACGCCGAGAUCAUGACCUGAGCGGAAAUCGAGAGUCGGACGCUGAACAGACUGAGCCACCCAGGGUCCCCACACACCUGCUUUUCUUGAUUGACCUUCUCCUAUAAUAUUUUGACUCCUUGCUAAUGUUUUUCGAGCUGUCAUGUAGUUAUUUUUCUUUAAAAAGCAUGUCACACAAUCUGUGCAUCUUUUACCAGGGGAAUUUAACCUCUUCACACUUGGGAUCAUCAGUACAUUUCAGGCUUAUUCUUGCCAUCUUAUAUCCUGUUUUCUGUUUCACCUUAACUGUUGAGCUUUCUAGUUCAGUCAUACUAAUACUUCUGCUGUGACCCUUUGCAUCCUCACCUGCACUCACUGUGACUCUUUCUUUUCCCCUGCAUUGCCAGUUGAAUCAUUGGCCCCCAUCUCUUCUGCUUCCUGCUUUUACUCAUUGUGUAUUCUUCAUGCAAUGAGACUUUGGGGUCUUUGUUUCCAGGUCUGGGAUCACUCUCGGGUGGCAUUUGGGUAUUUUAGUGUCUCACCUAGGAGCCCUCAUUGUAAUGAACUCUUCUUAAAUCCUCGUCUGACACAUGGGUGUGGAAUGUCCUUUUAUUCCCUCUGAUGUGUCCAUGCUGAGCGAGCUCUUCAGUGGUCUUCUCGAGCCUGGGCUGGCGUGUGCAAGGCGGCCAUCAGUCUUGGACCACAGUGUCCUCAGCUUCUGCUUGCCACCAUACCCUCCAGAUGACCAGCGACCCUGUCCCACUGUGUCUGAGUCGUUUUGGUGUCCCAGUUUCCCUCGUGAGCCACCGCUGGAGGGCUGCAUUUGUAUUUUCCCUCCUUACCUCAUAGCCGGGGAAGGUGGGACGGGGCUGAGGACACAGCGCAGAUCAGCUGAGGCUGUGUGCAGGUGUCUCUACAGAAUUUGAGAGCUUUAGUGAUGUGCCACCUGCUAAGGUCAGCGGGGCCAAAGCCAAGGGAAAUGUCAUCAUCUGCCUGGAGGCAGGGAAGGGGCGCGGGGCUGAUGUAGGAACCUAAGAGUGAGAAAAAGGAGCAUCAAGCCCAGGAUACUGGGCUUCCGGGGGACACUGCUCCCUGAUAGAGCAAAGGGGAAGUGACAUUCCGAGAGGAAAGAAUCUGGCUGAACUGAGUAGAGGCGGGGGAGUAAGGAACAGGAAUUCCAGGACUGAGCGAGGCAGGAGGGCACGUGAGUCCCCCCCCAGGUGUGCUUCCCCUCCCUGAGCCUCAGCUUCCUCACCUGUAGAAGGAGGAUCACCAUAGCACCCACCACAGGUGCCCUGCAGACUAGAAAGAACCCUCUGGAACAGUGCCUGCCAGGUACUAGCUGGAGAGGAGUGGGUUAUUGUGGGUAUCCCGCCGGCCCUCAGAAUGUCCCUUCCAGCCCCCGGGGCGGGGACCCCAUGUGGUAGCCCAGCCAUCCUGGGGUGCAGCCCUGGUGGCACCAAGGAGCGCUCAGCCAGCUUCCACCAGGGGGCGAAGGGGCCCAGGGCCAAGGCGGUGAAUGAGGUACUUGACCUCGGGCGGGAUCGCCAG